AUGAUUAGUAAUGCAUUUAUGGAAAACUUCGGCCAAAUGUUUGGCAAUAUGGGUGACAACUUAUCCGGGUUUGUGGACAGUCUGUACAAUAACGUGGACUCGUGGGCCGACCAUAUCAUUCAACACGCAAAGGACGAGGACUGCGAGUUUAUAUGUCCGCACACGAAAAUUGCUGUCCAUAACACGUCUUAUGAACAUCACCCCAAAGGAUGCAAAACAUUUGGACUGAAGAUCAAAGAGUCAGAUCUGCCGAUCAAAGAGAUGCAACUCUGUUGUAAUGAACACCAGAUGUGUUAUCAUAAAUGCGGAUCCGUUAAGAAUGAUUGCGACGACAAAUUCAACGAAUGUCUGUUCCAGAAGUGCAAAGAGACUCAGAAAGAGGAGACCCUUAUGAAAGGGUGUCGAACGGCAACAAAGCUAUUAAUGAUGAGUUUCCUGACGUUUGGCUGCAAGAACUAUAAGGAUUCACAGAAGAACGCCUUUAACGAUGUCUUCACUUCAUUGGAAUCGCCUUUAGAUAAUGAAAAUCACAACAAAAACAUUGCAAUCAUUGGUUGCAAGUCAUCGGCUGAAGACAUAAUGGAAUGGACAGGUCGUGGAGGACUUCCCGGCGACAAACACGACGGCCCGGUAUUCAACUACAACUCUGCCUUCAAAUACACUCGAGUGGCCACCGAUGACGAGAUCCACGGCGGCGAAAACUAUUCCCCUGAAGAUGACAUCGCAUUGGAACCGUCACAACGGUAUCCACUUAUCAAUCAAUUGAUCCAUAAACUGAUCGUCGGAGUCUUUUAUGUCACUUUUAUUGUCACAUUUCCCGUCUCCGCCUUCUUCUGCAUUCAGCGGAUCCAAUCCCUCCAGAGAUGUAUUGUCUAUCGAUUGGGAAUACGUCUACCACUGAAAGGACCCGCCGACGGAUCAAUUGUGGAGUUCAGUGACAUGAGCUGUUGCCUCAAUGUGUUGAAUGUGAUCAGGAGUUCCGCUAAACUGAAAGACGCCCAAUUCAAUGCCCAACAGUUCUGUCGGCUAUCGUUCGCUAAUAUGAUUGCCGGCACUCAUGUCGAAGACUUGGAGAACAAGACGGACACCAUUUUGAAACAAUUUGAAGAGAAUUGCAAUAUGUAUCUCAACGAUAAGGGCUAUACCGCCAAAGUGGAGCACUUGCCCAAAUUUGUAGUGAUAAAUCGGGCCAAUCCUCUCAAUCCCAUCGUUUCUAAACUGAUGUCAAUGUUUGGCGGCGGACCCGAUGGAAGCCAGACUACGAACCCAAUGGUCAACGAUCUCAUGAGACUACAGGCGCCCACUUCUGGUCAGACUGAGCUCAGUGAGGAUCAAGUGGUCGCUUCGCUUCAACGAAUGGCCGAGAAAUACCGCAAUUAUGUCUUUCACGACAUCUUAAUCUCAAUCCAAGUAUUGGAUGUGAACUCAAACGAGUUCUUCACGUUCUGUCACUCAACAGGAAAAGUGUACAAGGUGAAUGCAAAGCCCACUAACAGAAUCGACAUCAAUAUCAGCGCCGAUAACACACAACAACUCAUGAAAUUCUGUUGCGAUAAUGACAUGAAUAGCGUCUCAAUUACCACUAGUUUGAUGUAAAGCCAUGUUUUGGUUUUGUUGGUUACGAACCAUACAAUCGAAACGUUUAUAUUUUAAUCACUAUUAUAUGAGUAUAUGUUUUGAUGUGAUCUCACGUACGAAACAGUUCCUGAGAGAGAGAGAGAGAGAGAGAGAGAGAGAGAUUU